AUGGUGAGAACGGGGAACCUGCAAGGAGGGAACCUACACGGAGGGAACCUGUAUGGAGACUCCUCGAUGGGUGGCACGUUACACAAAGUUAGCGAGCGGCUUGAAAGCAGGAUCGUCCAGGGAUAUGAAACCGAACGUCUGGAGGCGUCCAGGGCCGACGAAGAAGACGCCCUUCCGUAUGCGUACUUCAGAGAUUACUACUGGAAGAAGUGUAGCGGUGUGGCCGAAGUCAAGGACAGCAUGCGGGAGUAUGAGUAUGAAGGAGGGAGCUCUGCGGCAGGGUCCGUGAGCGGCAUCAGUGAGUUAGAAGUGGACUUCAGUUUGGAUUUCCUGGAUGGUCUGGACUCCAAAUUUGCAACCCUGGCCGAGAUCUGCAAACAGCAGGAAGCCGUGACAGAGGACACGACCGACGCCCCGGCCUGUGUGAUCAAAACAGCCCCGCCGAGUCUGGUGGAUGACGUCUUCCUGGAGAGCGUCGACGUGGAGAAGGUCAACGUGAAGAAAGUCAACGUGAAGAAAGUCAACGUGAAGAAAGUCAAGGUGAAAAAAGUAAAUGCGGAGAAAGUCAAUGUGGAGAAAGUCAACGUGGAGAAAGUCAACGUGGAGAAAGUCAACGUGGAGAAAGUCAACAUGGAGAAAGUCCACGUGGAGAAAGUCAAAGCAUCCACCAUCCCCAGAAGAGUGGUCCGUGAGAAUGUGUUGGUGCAGAACCAGGCCUUCAUGGUCCAGCAGCCUGUGUUUUACGCGGCCGCACCGGUCAUUCAGGCCCAGUACGUGGUUCGGCCGCAGAUUCAGCCAUCCGUGCUCGUCCCGGACAACCAGCAGCACCUGUACGUGGUGAACGACCCUCCCGUGCACGGGGGCGUGAUCGGGGUGCCUCAGGGCACCUUGAGGAGAGAGAGCUUCAGGCUGGUGAGGAAGCCUGGUGACGAGGAGGCCGUGAAAGUGGCGGAGAACGUGGUGCUGGUGGAGCGACCGGCGGCCUCGGGGCCAGUGCUGCAGGCCGGGCGGUCGUGGACCCUGCCGAGGAGCCCCACCUCCGGGCCUCAGAAGAUCCUGCUUGUGGAGAGAGAGGCGACUGCAAGCUAUGUGCCGGGGAGGAGGUGA